AUUAUUUCCGAGCACCAGCGUUUGUUUAGUCGACUUUUGGCCGAAGCUGCGUGCGGGCGUGAAUCUCUAAUAGCAACUAAUUUAUAUAAUUGCAAGCCGAUUUAUAGUUCGCAUUACAAACUUUGCAAUUACUUACGAAUUCAAAUUAAGAAAGGACAUUUUGUGUAGCAACGAGGGAAAGCAGAGACAGAAUGAGUGAAGCUGCCAAUCCAACGCCCUAUGGCUGCCACAUGGGUCCUGGCAUCUACCACAGCAUAGCCACCAGUUUCGCAGAUGAGAAUGUGGUGGUGUCGCCACUGCUGCUGGAAGCCACUCUGUCCCUGCUCUUCCUGGGAUCGGAUGGAGCCACGGCCGAGGAGCUGCAGAAACUGCUGCGGCUGAAGCAACGCUUUCCCAGCAAUGCCAAAAUGGCCAACUUCUAUGCCGCGGAACUGGCCAACAUCACAGCAGAUGCAGAUACCUUCCUGCAGCUGCAGAGCCGAUUGAUGCUGGGAUGUGAGUCUGGUGUGGCCGAUGAUUUCCAGAAGAUUGCCCAAACCUAUUUCCAUGCCACGGCCGAGUGUGUUGACCUGGAGCAGACGGAGAAGCUGCGUCGCCACAUAAACGAACAGAUCCUGGCCAGCGUGGGCGGUGGCAGCUGGAAGGAUAUCCACGUGGCAGAUGGCUCGGCUGCCAAAACGCUGCUCCUGCUGGCGGCCACACUGCAGAGCAAGUGGUUCCUGCCCUUCAGUGCGUACAGAACCGGACUCUAUGAGUUCCACAGCGGCAGCCAGGUGAAAUCGGUGCCCAUGCUCUUCGACGACGACAUGUUUGUGAAGUUCGCCGAGCUGAGGGAUCUGGAUGCCCGCGCCAUUGAGCUGCCCUACGAGCAUGCCGAGGAGCUGUCGAUGCUGCUCAUCCUGCCCAAUCAGCGCGGUGGCCUGCAGGAACUGGAGAAGCAGCUGCAUGACCUGGAUUUGGGUGCACUGCAGCAGCGAAUGCAGAUGGAGGGCGUGCAGGUGCUGCUGCCCAAAUUCAGUAUCGAUUUCGAGUGCAGUCUGCGGCAGCCGUUGAAACAGCUGGGCUUCGCGGAGAUAUUUUCUGCAUCCGCGAACUUCAAGCACCUGCAUUCAUCUGCGAAUCUGCCCAUUGCCGAUGUUCUCCACAGGCUGCGUAUCAAUUUGAAUGAGUCUGGGUCCGGACCCGAGUUGCCCAAAAAUGCUACAGAAUACAAACCCAUUGUGAUCAGCAAUUCCUCCCGCCAGAAGUUCUUCCGAGCUGACCAUCCAUUCUUCUUUGCCAUUCGCAGUGAGAACGUGACCUAUCUGAUGGGUCAUGUGGUGGAGUUCUAAUAAUCCCGGGGAAACUCCGUGAAACGGAAGGGUUGUGCAAUAUUUUAACUUGUAUACAAAUA